AUGAGUUCAUCAGAAGGAAAGGAAGCUAACGUGUUACUUAUUGGGUCCGGUGGUGUUGGUACCAUUGUAGCGUACGGGAUUGACUAUGUCGGGAAGAGCCGUCUUGAUAUUGUUGUUAGAAGAGAUUACGAUCAAGUUAGUAAGAACGGGUACGAUAUAGAUUCUUGUGAUUACGGUCAAAUAUCCAAUUGGAAACCAACUAAUAUCUAUCCUAGUGCAGACGCUGCUGCUGAAGAGGCAAAUGCUUCUGGUUUGAAGUACGAUUUCAUUGUCAUCUGUACUAAAAACUUACCAGAUGUGUUGAAAUUAGAAGACGUCGUGGCUCCAUUGGUGACAGAUGAAUACACUACCAUUGUCUUGAUGCAAAAUGGGUUCGAUUUGGCAAGGCCAUUCUUUGCCAAGUUCCCAAAGAACGUCGUUGUGUCUGGUGUGUCCCAUAUUGGUUCUCAUAACCAUAACGGUAAAGUUAAACAAACCCAACAAGAUAGAACGUACAUUGCAUACUUUGAGAAUCCAAAUUUGGAUCACGAAAUCCAGGAACAUAACACGAAAAGGUUCAUCUCUAUCUACUCCAACGAUAAGAACAGUUGCGGGUACUAUCCAAGUGCUAAGGAGAACAGGUACAUGAAAUUGGUGUACAAUGCCACGAUGAAUACUGUUUGUGCCCUUACUGGGGUGGACACUGGUAGGUUGGAAUACUCUGGUGGUCUGGAGAAAAUCUCGAUCCCAGCGAUGCGUGAAGUCGUUGCCGUCGCCAAGGCCGAUGGUGUGGACUUGCCCGCUAAUUGCAUCUCAAACGCUAUUCAUUCUGAUGACGGUGACUGGUUUACCCCAUCGAUGGCCGUUGAUGUACAAAAAGGUAACCCAAUUGAACUGGAAGUCAUUGUAGGUAACCUGUUGACCGUAGCCAGAGAAUUGAAUGUUGAAACUCCAACUUUGAACCUCCUAUAUGAACUGUUGAAAGUGGUUCAAUUCCGCUUGAAGGAGAAACAAGGCCUUGUGUCUUUACCAGAAAAGAGACCAAUCCACGAUAAAUUCUGGUGCUAA